AUGGGCACAUACGCAGAUUCCAAUAUCCCUCACUAUGGGCAAACAUAUGCCUUCCCGCAGACACCCCAACUCCUAAUCAUAUAUCUCUCCACAACUACGCUUGUGAAAUACGGCCGCACAGCGCACCUCUCCGAAGCCUCAGCUCUGCUCUUCCUAGCUUCCUUCGCGCCCAACAUUCCCGUCCCGAAAGUGCAUUGCGCGUUCCGAGAUGACAAAAAUGGGUUGACUUAUAUCAUUAUGGAAAGGAUUGACGGGCAACCUUUGAGUGAUUCCUGGAGCGAGAGAUCGGGAAAAGAGAAGGAUGCGUUGUUGACACAGUUGAAGGGCAUUUUUGGGGAGUUGAGGGCGCUCAAGAAACCUCCUGGAAAGGGGAUCGCGGAUGGGGCUGUGUGUGCCGCUGAUGGGGGGAAAUUGCAUGAUCAUCGGAUAUGGAACGCCGCUGGGGAGAAAGGACUGGGUCCUUUCUCGAAUGAGGCGGAAUUCGACCUUUUCCUUCGUAACGGGAUCUCGAAUACGGACUCUAUCACAGACCUGGAGAAGAAGACAGAGAUCCAAUGA